AUGGUUUUCACCCCUCACCCACCUCAAACUUCUUCAGAUUAUGACGUCAAACCCAGUUCAACACAGAUCUUCGUAGCCUUAUCUGUCGGGUUGGUGUUUGUCGUCGUCUUUCAUUAUCGUCUGAAACAAACUAGAGAUCGAAAGAUCAUCCCACGUAUAAGGAAAUCGCGCGGAAGCCAUAUCCCAAAGCUUGAAAGAUUCUCCCAUUACGUAGCUAGGCAAAUGGGGUUCAAAGACAGAAGACAUUGUCCCCAUCUAUGUAGAUUAGCUUCUGAAUACAUAAGGAAAUACGAGGGAUUUGAAGAUGAUAUAUACGCCUUCUUUGAGAAUGAACCAGAUGCCGAUUCACUUUAUGUGAAACUGGUAGAGGAGUUUGAGAGAUGCAUUCUUAGCUACUUAGGAUUCCAUUGGAACUACGGUGACACAAUUAUGAGUCAGGUGUUGAGCUCGGAAAAUGAGCCAAAAAAGAGGCUCAAGCACAUAGUUAUGGCAGCAACUAGGGAACAAAGGUUCGAGAGACUUGCCAAAAAUCUGAAGGUGGCUAGAGUUUUUAAUACAUUAGUGGAAGAAAUGAAAGCGAUGGGAAUUGCUACAACUGAUGACUCUCAAUGUACAGAGGUGAUGGCUCCAGUAGCUCAUAGCGAUAGGAGUCCAGUGCUCCUCUUAAUGGGUGGGGGCAUGGGAGCUGGCAAGAGCACUGUGCUCAAGGAUAUUCUCAAAGAACCUUUUUGGGCAGGAGCAGCCGCGAAUGCCGUAAUCAUUGAGGCAGAUGCCUUCAAAGAAUCAGAUGUCAUCUAUAAGGCCCUCAGCUCAAGAGGUCACCAUGACAUGAUUCAAACAGCAGAACUGGUACACCAAUCAUCGACAGAUGCAGCCUCAUCACUCCUUGUUACAGCAUUAAAUGAAGGACGAGAUGUUAUUAUGGAUGGCACACUCUCCUGGGUGCCAUUUGUUGUGCAGACAAUAACAAUGGCUAGGAAUGUUCACCGUCGCCGUUACCGCAUGGGACCUGGCUAUAGGGUGAAGGAGGAUGGAACUGUGAUUGAAAACUACUGGGAAAGAAUUCAAGGCGAAGAGCCUGAACAAGUUGAAGGCAAAAAAAGAAAACCAUAUAGGAUUGAGCUGGUUGGUGUAGUAUGUGAUGCUUAUCUUGCAGUCGUUAGAGGCAUAAGGAGGGCCAUCAUGUGCAGAAGAGCAGUGAGAGUAAACUCACAGUUGAAAUCACACAAGAGAUUUGCUGAGGCAUUUAUGACUUAUUGUCAACUAGUAGAUAAUGCACGACUAUACUUCACAAACGCAUUGGAAGGCCCACCCAAGUUGAUAGGAUGGAAAGAUAGAGACAAGACACUGCUUGUUGAUCCAGAUGAAUUCGACUGUUUGAAGAGGCUUGCCAAGUUAAACGAAAAUGCCAACUCCAUUUAUGAACUUUACAAGCGCCCGAACCCAGCUUGUGAAGCUGGAUCAGUAUGGAAAGACAUUGUAUUAUCUCCUUCAAGGUUGAACAUCCAACAGGAGCUCAAGUAUUCAAUCCAAAAAAUUGAAAGCUUGAAAUAUAACUUCGCCAUGGAAACUGAUGAAAUCAUUCAACCUUUGGGUUUAAGUUGA